AUGCGUGCUCGCGAGGAUGUUUCGGAUGGUCAGACCCCCAAAAGAAAGAGAGGACGGCCGAAAAAAAGUGAAUCAGUGAAAUCGCAUGAAACUACUAAGAAAAGAAAACGAAAAACUCGCGUAAGACAUGACAGUACCGAUAGUACCGAAGAUGAUGAGGAUGAUCUUGUCUUAGACGAUGACGGUGCUGAAGAGGAGGAAGCAGAUGAAGUGGAAGAACCUGAGGAGGAUCCAAAUGAUCCGGAGUUCGAACCUAACCGACGAACUAGCCGUCGAAAUCGCAAGCCGGUGAAAACUUACAACACGAAGCUUUUGUUACGUGAAGAAAUGUCAAAAGCCAGAGAGACAUUUAGCAAAAGCCGAGGAGGUCGUGGAGGACGCGGCCGGCCUCGUGGCGGUGGUCGUAAGAGUUGCGUAGAUUUGACUUUCCUCGAGGAUCCCAGAAGAACUCGUGUCACUGAUGAAAAUGAAUUUGACAGGCUCUUAGAUGAAGAAGUAGCCAUGUACGAAAAACACCUUCCAACUUUACCACCAGUGAUACCCGAUCCAAGCCAGAGGCUGUAUGUUGUUCGGGUGGAUUCCGUUGAUGCACUUGCGAACGCUGGCGCUGGUUUUCGUCUCAUGACUAGCUGUGUCACUGAUGACAUGAUGGUCUCGCUCUUGUGAGU